AUGGAAGACAACGCUGAGCUCGAGUCGUUUCGUCGCCAGUGGCGUGAAGAGGUUACUCGGCGGACUAAAUCUGCCGCUGCUACUAGCUCCUCCGAAGCUUCACAGUCCGCUGCAGCCCCAAGUCCAGCUGUGGCUGCUGCAAAUGCAAGCAGCAAGCUGCCAUCACGCCGGGCGGCAGGAGCUCGCAAGGACUUGGCUGGGGAGAGCUCUUUGCCUAAUACUGUGGCUACGGAGGAGCUAACUCGGCAGAUCGAACGCCUACGGGUGACUCACGAGCAUACAGAGACGGAGGAAGAUGUGUUCACACGGCGAGCCCAAGAAGAACCCGAAUCGGCCUUGGAACACUUUGAACGAGCGGUUGAGAAAGAGGCUGCCGGCAACUUGGGCGACAGUCUUCAGCAUUACCGCAAGGCCUAUCGGCUGGAUGCUGGGGUGGACAAGGCUUAUCGCAACAAACAUUACUCCCACAGCUGGAAGAAGCCCGUUCAACCGGCGCUCGAUGAUCUCGCACCCUCCGUCAAGGAGACUUCAGCAGUUCCUACAGAGGAACAAAUUCCUCUCCCUACAGCAGAACUAAUAGAAUCGUUUGCCUGUCUGCCCGUUCCUGGAGCGGAGCCGCUCAUUGAAGGAGAUGUUCCUCCACCAUGUCCUAUCGCCAAUAUCCCGUCCGAAGUCCUCAUCGAGGUUCUUCGACAUGUCGCACUCAUGGACCCGGCAGCUCUGGCUCGUAUGAGCCUGGUUUGCAAGCGGUUUGCAUACCAUUUUGCUCAUGAGCAGAGUAUCUGGAAGGACUUGUGUCAGCAUGUGGAGUUUGGACUUCAGGGCAUGCACUACACAUUUGCUUGUGAUGGGGUCGGUCACCCCCUACACAAACUGGACCAAGUCGAGCAAUACACGCCCUUUCCGGUCAACGUACCAGCCGAGAUUCCCAAGCCUUUGUCUUCGUGGAGUCAAGUCUUCCAGUGCUAUCCCCGUAUCCGAUUCACAGGCAUUUACAUCAGCACCGUCAACUACUCUCGUCCAGGAGAGAUUUCCUCUUUCCAGACGGUGUCCUGGAACAGCCCGAUUCACAUCGUGACCUACUACCGCUACCUGCGGUUCUAUCCUGACGGGUCGGUAGUGUCCCUGCUGACCACAACAGAGCCUGUAGAUGUUGUACCCUACAUUAGCACGGAGAAUGUGCUGGCCGCACGUCCUACCACUCAUAAAUCGUACCCGCGUCAUGCCUCCUCUGAUCAGGGCCAUUUGCACGGCGGCUCCACAGAACCUGUCCCCUCAGUGGCCAUCAACGCCCUGAAGCACGGCCUUCGUGGGCGCUGGCGUCUGGCUUCUCCCUUUGACUUUGCCGAUGACCCUGAAGACCACAGCGCUCCUCCGUCGGCUAUCGACAAAUCCCCAUCGUUUGAUCCCCGUGAUGUGAUUGUAGAGACGGAGGGCGUCGACCCCAAGUACCGAUACACCAUGCAUCUCUCGCUACGAUCCUCCUCGGUCACCAAGGCUCACCCGAACCCUCCCCGCAACACCAAACUCGCUUGGCGUGGUUUCUGGAGCUAUAACCAAAUGACCGAUGACUGGGGUGAGUUUGGACUUCGGAACGAUCGCCCAUACGUCUUCCGGCGCGUCCGGGGUUGGGGUCUGAAAUAG